AUAAGAAGCAAGUGACAGACCAAAGUGUUGUAGUUAUCCUCAUAUACUUUAAUUUCUUAAACAUCCUUUCAGCUGAGCAGGGAAUUCCGUGGUGUCUUGAAAGCAGGGACAGGCUGUCUCAAGAGAGCAGACUCUGGCUGGAGAAAGAAUGCUCAGGAUGCCCAGCUGCCUCCUAAAGCUGACCAGGAUGGUGCUCAGCCACAAACCCUGUGCCCUGUUUAUCCUCAUCAUUGGGUUUGUAUCCUUUGCCUACAUCAAGUUGUACUGGGGCAUCUGGAAGGACCCAAAGAGCAGAGCCCCCACCUAUGGCUUGUCUGCUGAGAUCAGCUGUGCUCACUAUGUGCCUUCUGCCCUCGACAUUGCUGGUGGGCCCUCUCCUCCCACAGGAAAUGUGUUUUUUGUGGAGACCUCAGAGCAAACUUCCCCAAGUUACCUGUUCUCGUGCUCUGUGGAGUCAGCGGCCAGGACACACCCUGCGUCAAGAGUUAUGGUGCUCAUGAAAGGUUUGGCCAAAGGGAACGCCUCCUUACCCAAGCACUGGGCUUUCUCCUUGCUGAGCUGCUUCCCCAACGUGGAAAUCCGGCCCCUAGACUUGACAGAGCUCUUUUCUGGAACGCCUCUGAAAAGGUGGUACUUAUGGCCUCUGCGGCACUGGGAGCCUCAUUUUUUACCCGUCCUCUCUGACGCCUGCAGAAUCGUCCUCAUGUGGAAAUUUGGUGGCAUCUACCUGGAUACAGACUUCAUUGUGCUUAAGAACUUAGAGAACCUCACCAAUGCCCUUGGGAUUCAGGAUGACAAUGAACUGAAUGGGGCCUUUCUGUCCUUUAAGGCCAAGCACCAGUUCAUGGAGCUGUGCAUGCAGGACUUUGUGCAGAAUUACAAUGGCUGGGUCUGGGGGCACCAGGGCCCAGAGCUUCUAACUCGUGUCUUCAAGAAGUGGUGCUCCCUCGGGACUAUCAAGAGCAUGAGCUGCAAAGGUGUGAGUGCUCUUGCCCAAGAAGUUGUUUAUCCUAUUCCCUGGCAGGACUGGAAGAAGUUGUUUGAGGCAGUCAGUGCCUUGGAGCUUCAGAAACUCCUUAAGAACACCUAUGCAGUGCACAUAUGGAACAAACUGAGCCAUGGGACCAAGUUGGAGAUCCCCUCCCAGGCUCUGCUGGCUCAGCUCUAUUCCCAGUUCUGCCCUGCCACCUAUGCAAAGAUGAAACAGGACUCGGAAGAGUUGUCCAGUCAUGCAGUGUGACCUGGGGGACCUUGGCUGCAGAGGUGUUCCCCAGGCUGAAGGAAACCGAGCGCCUUAGACCUACCCCAGAGUUGGUUUUUAGUCCCUGGAGCAGGUGUUCUUUGUGACAGCUCUGUGGUUUUGUACCUGAUAUUUCUGAUAUCUGACUCAGAUCCUUUGUGUUUCAAAUUUACAGCUUGACCUGACUUCAGCGUCUCUUCCUGUCCUUCACGAGACCUGUUGCUGCAAGGAAGGUUAAAGUCAUUCAUCAGCAUCCCUCUGCUGAUUCUCUCUUGGUGUUCUCCAAUGGUUCCUCCUGUAAAUCCCAGCCUGAGCAGCCCCUUGUGAUGAUUCAACCGCUGUAGGUACCUUUGGCUUGCUCUCUGUGGCAUUUUUGAGUUUGCGAAUCGAUACCAGUCAGUGCCAAAGGGCACAGAUUGCUGGGGCUCAGAGCAGAAUCCAUGGCUGGCAAAGAUCUGUAACACAUGGAGAAAUACAUGAAGUGUAUAUGAAAUUUGCUUUAAGAAGCAGAAAACAGUUUCGGUCCCUGCAUGGCUCAGUAUGAACUUGUUCUAAAUGUCUUAAGAGAGAAAAGUUCAAAUUAUACUUCCUACUGUUUCUGAUUCCACAGCAGUGGGAUGACUUGUCUGGGACUCCUCAGGAAAACAAAUAGACAAAAGCAGUUCCUUGAGGAGCGGAAAUUAUAAAGAUCCUUGCUCUGCUGUAGUAUUUCUUGUAGAUACCAACAUCUAAGCAGCCAUUGUUGCACUCUGAAGGGGCUCAGCAUUGCCUGUUUCUGCAGUGCUGUGAGGAGGAUUACAUCCCUUUCAUUGGAAUAUUGAGACCAUUGUGGAAGUCCAGAGGACAACAUGUCCACAUCAACAGAAGGAGCAGGUGCAGGACUCCGAGCACUGUUGCCAUGGACAAAAAUAAAAACUCAGAAGCACAUGAAGGUUGGAAAAGACCUCCAAGAUCAGGGAGUCCAACCUUCAAUUCUGUAUCACCACGCCCACUAGCCUUUAUCCCAAAGUGCCAUGUGUACUCAUUUUCUGGAGCACUUUCAGGGAUGCAGACUCCACCACUUCCCUUGGGAGCCUGUGGCACACAGUGCUUAAGCACUCUGAAAUUUUUCCUUGUAUCCAAGCUGAACCUACCGUUGUG